GAUACGACUGUGUCGGUUCUGUUGCUCGAUAUCAAGCAAAUUGUGCAUAUCCUCCUUGGUCGGGAUGCGCGUAUUAGUAGAGUAUGAGGUGGACAUGACCACUGCGGUUCUGGAGCACACCGCAGUGCAAAACUUUCAUCCUGCAAACAUUGCGGAUUUCGAUCCCACCGUCCGCUACGACGUGUGGUGGAAUGGGGACGAGACCACGUCGGGAGGAUACUAUAAGGCCAGAGUGCUGCACAUGGCUGAAACUGAAGAAGAUAUGACAACGCAUAUGUCCAAAAGGCUCAGAAAGCCUGUAGUAUCCUUGGAGAAAGGCAAGAAGAGGGCCAAAGGAAAGCAGGUCACACAGGCAACAAAAAGUAUGAGAGUGGAAGUUCAGCAAACUGUAGAAAGGGAACUUCUCGCAGAAAUCCAAGAUGCAUGCCCGCAACAGCAUGUGCAGUGCACAUGCUGUGAGCAAGGAUGCGUUGUUCUAGAAGAACUCGCGAAAUGCAAAAAAGAAACUGCGGAGCAAAGCCAGCAGCUUGAGGAACGAAGGAAGCAGUUUGAAGACGUCGCUGAGGAGCUAAGAACUCUAAAGGAAAAGAUGCUCAUCUUGGAGAGCAGAAAUGCACAUCUGCAAGAUGCUUUGGCUUCCAAAGUCUUAGCAAGUGAGAGCAGGAUUAUCUACGCCACGUCGUUGGGAGUUUCGGUGGUGGCAGGUCCUCCAGGACCAACAGGAGCACAAGGAGCCAAUGAUCCCGUACCUCUGGUUCAGCCGCGCCAGGCAACUUUUUCUGCAAAGCCCAGAACCACUGCUGCCCCGGCUACCAUUGUACAGCCACUAUCAGCUGGCUACUUGUCGGAGCCCAGAACCGCUGUUGCCCAAGCUCCAAGCCAUCCAAAUGCAGCUGACUGCAUGUCAGAGCCUAGUACAAGCUGCACACAAGUGCAGAGCACUGCAAGGGCUUUGACUCCAGAGCCAGCGCCAGAAGAUGGCUUCAUCAGCGAGAUGCCAGGCAUGGUGCCAAAUGACUUCGCUGACAGUGACCUGUUCGCUGAAGAAGAGGUCAUGGAUGUGGUAAUUGGAUCUUCAAGAGAUGAUGGAAAGAUGUAUGCUGGAUCCGGGAAGUGGAUUGAUAAGGCAGCCUGGGGGACACUGUUCCGGGCGUCGGGCGACUCCAUGUUUUGUCGCAUGGCUUCCACUAUUUAUUGGACGCCCGAUGAACUCCGGAACAGAAGUGUCACCGGAACCUUAUCCAACAAGUCGCGGUCCAUGGGAAGGACGGAGGCCAGACAAGCUGUUACACCAGAGAAGCUGUCAUCCUUGAAAAGCCUCCUCCGGAUCUUCAUGGGCAGCGAUGUGACGCCAGAAGACGAGGAAAAAAGAAUGAAGAGCGUACGCCGGCACCUGGCGCAAAAACUUGCUGAUGCACAAAGGAAGUAGUGCCGCUGAUACAGCUACAAAGCCUGUCCCAAAAGUUUGUGCAGUUCAUGCCACCACACCCUCUGCUGCAU